CACGAAACUCUUUACCGGGCCUUAUGACCACAAUCGAAUGCAAACAUACGGGCGUCUCGAGCAAAAUUUAAUCUCAACAAGAAUGCUUUAUAAAUGACUGUAGAUACAAAUGGUAUUAUUAAGACUGUUCGAAAGUCUUCUGUCAAAGCUGCGGAUGAUCCCAGUAUGCCAGAUGAAAGUGUUGGAAAGGAGUUUUAUUCUAAUUACGAACCUCGGGAGUUAUUAGGAAAGGGUGGUAGCAGCUUUGUUAGAAAAUGCAUAGAGAAAAAAACUGGGAAAGAGUAUGCAGUAAAAAUUGUAGAUAUUAGUGGGACAUAUUCUAGUCAAGAUGAAAAAGAUUUAUUAUACUCCUCAACUUUACAAGAAAUUAAUAUUAUUAAAAGAGUGACUCCACAUUCUAAUAUAAUUGAAAUUCAUGAUAGUUUUAUAACAAGCUCAUUUAUCUUCCUUGUGCUUGAAUUAUGUAAAGCUGAACUUUAUGAUUUUUUAUCUCAAGAGGUGACAUUAUCAGAAAAAAAAACAAAACAUAUAAUGAGGCAAGUACUUAAUGCUUUGAUGCAUAUGCAUAAACUUUUUGUGGUGCACCGUGACAUAAAACCUGAAAAUAUAUUGGUCUCUGAUAACAACCUAUCAAUAAAGAUUACUGAUUUAGGAUUUUCAGUUUACGUAGAAAAUGAUCGUAGUCUCCAUGAUCUGUGCGGGACUCCCGCAUAUCUUGCUCCUGAGAUAUUGGCUUGCAGAAUGUUCAACGAUUCUAAAGGAUACGGGCGACCUUCUGAUAUUUGGUCUUCAGGUGCUCUCAUGUAUUCCCUGCUAGUAGGCACUACCCCGUUUUGGCACAAAAAACAAAUGAUCAUGUUUCGGAACAUAAUGGAUCGCGAACUUAAUCUUAAGGAACGCCCCGAAUGUGCCGAUAUUUCCGAUAUUGCCAAGGAUUUAAUGAACGGCAUGCUUAUCAAAGAUCCCGAUAAAAGAUUAACAGCUGAACAAGCUCUCAAACAUUCGUUCUUUUUCAUACACGAGAUUGAGCUUCCACUGGGUCGAAAAUUUGUUCCUAAGCAAACCUUGAAGAAAACCAUGAUUGUCGUUUUAGCCAUCGUUAAUCUUAAAAACUUAAGAAUGGCCAAGAUUAAAGGUUUGGAGUUCGUGGUUACUCAAACUAUCUUAAAUGAGGACCCUUACAAGGCGAAACCGGUUCACAAAUACAUCGAUACACUGGCCUUUCACAUUUACGGUCAUUGGAUUAAGAAGGGAACUCUUCAGAACAGAGCACUCUUAUUCGAGAAUAGACCCAAGAAGGAACUGAAAGAAGUGGCCGAUAAAGGUUGCGAAAAUAUAGCCGAACUUUUUCCCAAAUAUUAAGAAGUCGUCUUUAAAAGCUGUUGUUUUGUAAUUAAAUUCAAGAAUUCAACGCCUGCUCAGUUUUUAUUUUAGCGUUACGAUCAAAUACAAUUUUUUUUAUAAUUAAAUAUAGUCACAGAUAAAAAAAAACAAUAAUAUUCGCACCUUAAUCUACUUACGCUAUAAUUAUAAAUUUUCCAAUCAAAUCAUUCACAGUUUUCAUUGUUGCAUUUUUUUUUCUAAAUGCACCGAAAAAUAUUUCGGAAAUAAUUUAAUUUUAAUUAUAUCUUUCUUAGUAAAUUUUUUAUAUAAUGGAUAGAAAACUGCCCUGCCUUCUCCUUCCGAAAAAAUAAAUGACAUUUUUAAAGAAUUUCAAUUUAAAAUGCAUUCGACAUUUUGUUGCUCUUUUAAUUUUUAAGACAAGUAAUUAUUUAGCAUAAUUCUAAAAAAAUAAUCGCUAU